CCAAUGUAAUCAACAUGGCAGGAGUACCAAAGGUAAAUUUACCAAAUAUGCCAUCCGAGAGCGAAAUUACAAGUUUUCUUUCGAAGGUUGAUGAAAUAGAAACAGUUAUUAAAGGCCUUAACUCUGAAGAUGAUCAAAAGAGAGAGCUGUACAUGUCAAAAGCAGAUGAAAUGAUUGCUAAGAUAUCAGAAAAGAAAAAGCUGGAGUAUGAAGAUAAUGAUGAAGAAGAUAAAACCUUACCCAAAACUAAAACAGGUUUCAAUAAGACCUCAAUCAAUAAAGAUGCUUACAAAAAUGAUAAACAGAUGUCACCACCAUCAGGACCAGUUUUAACAGAAAAUAUGGAUCAAAAAGCCUUUAUGGCAGCAAUGGAAGCAGAUGCCAAAGAAAGGUCAGAAAGAAAAAAAGAAAGAGAAAAGAUAGCCAAUAAGCUGAAAGAUCAAGGGAAUACAGAAUUUAAACAAGGAAAUUACAAAGAAGCACUUCGAUUUUAUGAUGAGGCAAUCAGUGAGGUCCGUGACAGCUCCGUGCUGUAUACCAACCGAGCUCAAGCAAGAAUCAAAUUAGGCAUGUUCACGGAGGCAUUGAAGGAUUGUGAUUUAGCACUAAGGUUAUGGCCAAAUUGUUUAAAAGCAUAUGUUCACCAAGGACAUGCCUAUCUGGCACUCAAAGAUUACGACAAGGCCAGAGAAAGUUAUAAACAAAUUUUAACAUUUGAUAAACAGAAGGAGACUAUGGUCAAUGAAUAUCUAGCUAACGUGAAUAGAACAGAGGAAGCCAGUUCUCACGAGGCUAAGGCAGCCAAAUUGUUUGAGGAAGGCAAUGAUACAGCCAAAAAUAUUGUUGACCUUUUGGCCAGCGUGAACAAAAAAGACCAACUUCCCUUGUAUUACUCAGGAGGAUUUAGAGUGAUUUCCCAUCUUCUUGUUGACAUUGAUGCUCAGACUUUGUUUCGUACCCACAAUGGCCUACAACUGCCAGUUGAGCAUCCCCUCCUGUACAGGACUUUAUGCUCAAGCCUCCAGAGUUUGUCCAUGGCUGACAGAGACCUGAUCACAGCAGCCUUAGAGAUGCUGACUGCUGCCUGUAAAAACAAUGAAACCAACCAACAGCUUCUACUAAAUCUUCCACAAUUCCCAGACCAAAUCACUGCCAUCCUAGAGGUCAAGUUCAAAGGUCAUGGACGACUUCUAAAAGCAAGUUGUCUGAACCUGCUCCAUGAAAUAUCACUGACUGGCAUUGGGAGAGCUGCCAUUGUGGGCAAGUUCACUGCCAACAGGCUAGUUCCUGCGCUGCUGCCACUAAUGAUGAAAACAUCUUCAUAUGAAAACAUUGCAGCUGCUCUCCUAAACAACAUAGCACUAGAGAAAAAGUUAAAGGCUCUUCUUCGCGAUAACAUAGAAAAUACAAUUCUACCUGCAUUUGAAAACUUUUUGAACAACAACAGCACAACUCCCUCUGUUGCUAGUCUGGCAGCCUCCACUGCUACCAACUUGGCAGGGGACACAACUAUCAGGAAAAAAAUGGCCUCUAGACCCAGUCUCUGGCAAGCUGUUGGCAAUCUCUUGGCAGCAUACACAAGCUCACAGUUUGUCACUUCUGUUGAGUAUCUCCUGGGUCUCCUGUUAAACCUGAGCACAAAUGUGGACAGCUCGUCCUUGACCUAUUUAAACACUGACCUCACAGCUACGUGCCUGACCAUCAUCACAUCCACCCUGUCACCUGCGUCAGUGAUGCGGUCACUCGCUGUCCUGGGUAACAUCUUACCUCACUGUGAGCAGGCUGUCAACUUCCUGUGUCAGGAAAACAGAACUCUUGUCUUGUUAGACUGUAUGAAGAAACCAGAUCGUGAGUACUUUUCACCCGCAUUGAAAUGUAUUACUGCCCUUACUCAGAAGAAUGAAAAAGCAAGGGAACUAAUAUCUGAAAACAAAGGUACGUCGCUGUUGCUGACAUUGCUGAGUGGUGAGGAUGAGGUUGUCAUUGGAAACGCUGCCCUCUGUCUGUCACACCUCUGCCAGGUACCAAAAGUGUGCUCCAAGCUGACCAAGACAAACAUCAUACAGAAGCUGCUGGUGCUGGCCAGAGAUGGCAGGAGGCCAGGUGUCCAGGCCAACUGUGCCAUCUUGGUGGGGAAACUGGUGGCAGGGGACAGCAGACACCUGGAAAGACUGAGAGAACUCCAUGGGAUAGAAAUCUUGCACGGCUGCAUGAAACACGUCAAGUGAUUUGGUACCAAAGUUGGAGUAGUUUCACAUGAGUGACUCUGAGGUUGAAAUGAAGUGUUUUAUUAAAAAUGUUA